AUGUUUAACUCAGAGAAUAUCCGUAUGAUCAACCUUACAGGUGAAAAACAUGGAACUAUAACAGUACGCAUCAACGAAAAAGAAAAUUUUGAAAUCACUACCUUAAGAAUUGAUGUAAUUAACCAUGGGAGACAUGCAGUGGUGGAGUUUACUCAGGACUGGGAACUAGAUGCAAACAGAAGGGAUCUUACUGUGAAUUCAAUGUUUCUUGGUUUUGAUGGAACUGUUUAUGAUUACUGCGGUGGCUGGGAUGAUUUGCAGGAACGCCGGGUGGCUUUUGUAGGAGAUGCACAAACAAGGAUUCAGGAAGAUUAUUUGAGAAUUCUGCGCUACUUUAGGUUUUGUGCUAGAAUAUCUCCUGAUCCUAAUGUGCAUGAGCCUGAUACGGAAGAAGCCAUACGGGAGAAUAUAGAAGGUCUUUCUCGCAUAUCAGGAGAAAGAAUCUGGUUAGAAUUAAAACAGAUUCUAAGCAAUCGUCACGCCGGCACUCUUUUAGAAACUAUGCUUCGCCUCGGAAUAGGCCCUCAUAUUGGCCUUGGAGAUAAACCUAACAUGGAAGAGUUUAGGCUUGUUUUAGAACGUGCUGUUGCUCUUCAUGAAAGGUUAAAGUAUCCAAAUUUCGACAAAGAACUCUCGUUUUUCAUCGUGCAUUACCGUGAUCUCUUACCUGAGCCUUUGAAACCACCUUAA